CACUGCGCAUGCGAGAACAUGGCGGGGCUGACGUCGUGAAUAGUAGUAGGGUCACCUUCCUUUCCCCCCCCUUCUGUGUUAGCAACGCUCAAGUUCGUGGGGGUAGUGACACUUUUGUUUGCAGGGCGGCCUAGACAGGCGGCGCCUCCUAGGAGUCCCAAGAUCUGGUUCGCGCUUAGCCCCGGGCAACCCGCGUGUUGGAGGCGGUGCUCGACCAGAGCGGGAGAAGGCGGGAGAGUGCGCCGGGUGCGAGGGGCGAAUGGCUGCUCGGCUCGGCAGCAUGAGUCAGCAGCGGCCAGCGAGGAAAUUGCCCAGCCUCCUCGUGAACCCAGCGGAGGAGACCGUUCGCCGCCGUUGCAGAGACCCCAUCAACGUGGAGGGCCUGUUGCCGUCAAAAAUAAGGAUUAAUUUAGAAGAUAACGUACAAUAUGUGUCCAUGAGAAAAGCUCUAAAAGUGAAGCGGCCUCGUUUUGAUGUGUCCCUGGUUUACUUAACUCGAAAAUUUAUGGAUCUGGUCAGAUCUGCUCCUGGGGGUAUUCUUGAUUUAAACAAGGUUGCGACAAAGCUGGGAGUAAGAAAACGGAGAGUAUAUGACAUCACCAACGUGUUAGAUGGAAUUGACCUGGUUGAAAAAAAAUCGAAGAACCAUAUUCGGUGGAUAGGAUCUGAUCUUAGUGAUUUUGGAGCAAUACCACAGCAAAAGAAGCUGCAGGAGGAACUUUCUGACUUAUCAGCAAUGGAAGAUGCUUUGGAUGAAUUAAUCAAGGAUUGUGCUCAGCAGUUGUUUGAAUUAACAGACGACAAAGAAAAUGAAAGACUAGCAUACGUGACGUAUCAAGAUAUUCAUAGCAUUCAAGCCUUCCAUGAACAGAUCGUUAUUGCAGUUAAAGCUCCAGCAGAAACCAGAUUGGAUGUUCCAGCUCCCAGAGAAGACUCUAUCACAGUACAUAUAAGGAGCACCAAAGGGCCUAUUGAUGUUUAUUUAUGUGAAGUCGAACAGGAAAAUACAAGUAACAAAGUGUCUGAAGACAUAGGGACCUCUUCCUCUGAAAGCAAGCCUCCAGAAAACCCUGAUAAAGAAGAAAAUCCCCCUCAGCAAAGUGAAGAAUUGCUUGAAGUGAGCAACUGAAUACCUAUAACAUUUGAGAAUUCGUGUAUUAAGUUCUUUUGGAACAUCCAGUAUGGAUGAAUUAUGCAUCAGAUUGAAUUCUCAGAGCAAUAAAUCAUCCAUGGACUUCUCUCGUGCCCAGUUAGUAGCCGCACUAAGGCCAGUAGUAUCUUCUUCCUCAUCAGUAGCAUUAAGGCCAGUGAUACCUUUAAGCAGUUCACUGCUGGAAUUUCUGGAUAAUUAUGGUUUAAGCAUUUGAAAAUAACUCUUUUUAUAAUCAUGCACUGCUUUAUGUCAGUGAAACAGACAUCUUGCCUACUGAAAUAACUUCUUCGCAAAGAGUAUCAGUAAAACAGAUGGUCAGAACCCAAAUGGAUGGUUCUUCAUGGACGCUUCCCUUUCCUUCAAAGAUUAUCUGUCGUAAAUCACAAAAGGAAUUGCCUUACACUGGUUCACGUUUGCAUUUAAAUGUAAAUUGGAUAAGUGUACACAAAUGAAUCUGAAUGUGAUGUCUUUGUAUAUAUCUAUAAUGUUUAGAUUACUUAUGAGAAAUGUCUAAAUGAAGCUUUUCACCAUUGUACAGCCAAAACAAUGUAUAUAUGGAAAGUAACUGACAAAUUCUCUAAUUUCUGUGGUGUUUAUAACUUAUUAGAAUCCUCUGGAUGAGGGUUAGAAGAGAGUUUUUUUUUUCAAACUUCUACAUUUAGAAGUAUCAAAAAUGUGCUAGACAUUCAACAUUCAUGGAUUUAAUUAAAGGAUCUUAAUAUGGUUUUCAAGGCCAAAAUUGGAGUCUGAUACUUCUUGAUACCAACCUACCUACAGGAUUAUUGUAUCCCACUAGACUGGUGGCAGCUCUAAGGCUUUAGGACCAAGUACAGGCUAUUAGGUGAUGGCUUAGUUCAUUGUGAGACAUAAAUUCAGUGCUGGUAAAAAUUGGAAAGUAUUUUAAAGCUCUUUGCAAGCAGAUUUUGUAAGACGUUUCUGUAAGUCUGCAACCUUGCUCUUCAGUCAAAGUGGUUUUACUUACAAUGAGUUGUACCCUGCCCUGUCUCCAGCUCCGGCCCCACGUUUCCAAGUACCUAUCCAUUUCUACCUCAUUGGGUAAUCAUUUACCUCUGUGCCUCAAUUAACUUAGUAGUUUGCCACUAGACUGUGAGCUCCUUGAGGGACUUCGUCUUAACUCUUUGUUAUAUUCCAGCGCCUUGUACCAUACCUGGCACAUAAAUUGUGCCAAAUAAAUGUUUGAAUAAAUCAAUGAGUGAGUGAGUGAGUGAAUUAUAAAAUUAUACUAAUAAUACUUGGCUUGUCUAUCAUACAUGAUUCUUGUGAGCAUCAAUCACAUUCAUAUUUUAAACCUCUCUUGCUUUCAAAGAAAGAUUUGAUGC